AAAGAGGUGGCCCUUCAAAGCUGGAGGACUCAGGAGCAGGCUGUCCCGUCUCUCUGGGUGUCAGCCACAGGACUGAAGCCACAUUGGCACCCCUGACCCGCGUGUGCUCGUGGCACGGAGGUGCCAAAGCCGCUGUGGAAGCAGAUCCCUGGGGACCUUGAAAUGGUGAUCAUCUGGUGGUUCUGGUCUCUGCUGGCCAUCUGUGCUUCGGACUCAUUCCGGGACCAGGCAGUGGCUAUCAUGAGAACCACACCGGUCAUCGACGGGCACAACGACUUGCCUUGGCAACUGCUAAAUUUGUUCAACAACCAGCUGCUGAGACCAGAUGCUGACUUGAACAAGCUAGCCCAAACACACACCAACAUCCCCAAGCUGAAGGCUGGCUUUGUCGGAGGCCAGUUCUGGUCCGCAUACAUGCCUUGUGACACCCAAAACAAAGAUGCCGUGAAGAGAAUACUGGAACAGAUGGAUGUGAUACACCGCAUGUGCCAGCUCUAUCCUGAGACCUUCAUGUGUGUUACCAAUAGUUCAGACAUCCUACAGGCUUUCCGGAGGGGGAAAGUGGCCAGUCUGAUCGGCGUGGAAGGCGGCCACUUAAUUGACAGCAGCCUUGGUGUCCUGCGGACACUCUACCAUCUGGGCAUGCGGUAUCUGACCCUCACCCACAAUUGCAACACGCCCUGGGCCGACAACUGGCUUGUGGACAGAGGAGAUGAUGAGGCUGAGAGCCAUGGACUGUCACCCUUUGGGAAGCGCCUGCUGAACGAGAUGAACCGCUUGGGUGUCAUGAUUGACCUGUCCCACGUGUCUGUGGCCACCAUGAAGGACGCUUUGCAGAUCUCCAGGGCACCAGUCAUCUUCAGCCACUCCUCUGCCUACAGCCUGUGUCCACACAGGCGGAAUGUGCCCGAUGACGUACUGCAGCUGGUGAAGAACACAAGUAGUCUGGUGAUGGUGAACUUCUUCAGCAACUUUGUGUCCUGUUCAGACAGCGCCACCUUGCCCCAAGUGGCUGACCACCUGGACCACAUCAAGAAGGUGGCAGGCGCUGGGGCUGUGGGCCUUGGAGGAGAUUAUGAUGGUGUUACUAUGCUUCCUGUGGGACUGGAGGAUGUUUCUAAGUACCCAGACCUGAUAGCUGAGCUUCUCAGGAGGAACUGGACAGAGACCGAGGUCAGAGGUUUGCUAGCUGACAACCUGAUUCGGGUCUUCUCUGAAGUGGAACUGGUAAGCAAUAACAUGCAGUCUCCUGAGGAAGUCCCUAUCACCCUGAAAGAGCUGGACGGCUCCUGCAGGACAUACUAUGGCUACUCUCAAGCUCACAGCAUCCACUUGCAGACAGGAGCCCUGGUGGCCUCUCUGGCUUCCCUGCUCUUCCGUCUCCAUCUUCUGUGACAUCCAAAGGACCGGAACCUCCUCCAGUGCUCUCUGAGCUCAGGGAAGACUGGACAAGCCCAGAGUCCCUGUUGUCCGUGCAGAACCACACCCUUUCCUGAAUAAGCAGCAGGCUUACCUGGGGACAGCUCAAGACACAGGCAUGCAAUAAACGCAAUGAGCCUUAGUGCUGAGUGGGCACGCUGUAUCUCAGCCCUGGGAGAUUCUUCUGAGCCUCUGGAGAGCAGAUGCUGAGAACGGCCCUGUGUGAACAGGAUGUGGGAGCACCUGAGUUCUUGGAGGGGAGGACUAGAAGGGACCCAGAAGUUAGCAAAGGGUCUCACGUAAGCACUGGCUAGUUUGAAAAAUCAUGGUCCACAUUUAAGUGGCUACCUUCCCCCCUCACUGUGCAUGUACCACAUGCACAUGAACCCCUCCUCCCCCCUUACACAUGUACUCAUGUGCACACAGGCACAUAUAGAUAUUCAGAUGCAUUAUACAUAUCAUACACGGGCACAUGUAUUCUGACGCAUACCAUAUGAGAGUCACACAUAUCUCUCUGGGUUCUGUAAUUCAGAUUACAUAGGUAAUGGGUAACCUCGAUCUGGUCCAGCCUUGGCGGGUGGGAUCCAGGUAGAAUGGGUGCCGGGGAUGAUCACACAGCUAACUGCGGGUCUUUCCUGAAUCACAGGGCAGAGGUGGUCUCCUAUGUUACCUAGCAUGGUUGAGGAUGAGUCUUGUGAAUAAACUUAUGAGGGACAGCGUUCACCUGAA